AUGGACACUCCAAAGAAGAUCCACCAACUUGAAGCUGGAGGUGGUAACCAAGAAAAUGAGAUGCCAAAAUUAACCCUUUCUGAAACCAGUUCCCCAGACGAAAAUGAUUGUGGACCGAAAUUGGGUUACAGUACCCAGAUAUCUGACUCAAAUCAAGUUGGGAGAUCAAGAUUGGCCAGUCCAACAAGGAAGGUUGAUAGUUGGGGUUGCAGUGGAACGGUGGUCUGUACAGCUAGCUCGAGGGAGAAGAAUACCGCUGAUUCCCCAGGAAGAGAAAGUGUAGAUCUCGCGAAUAUACAAUCUUUGAAUACCUUGCAGUCUCUAGGCCAGUCGCUCCAUAUUUUUGAUCGGAAGGGUCUGGUCAUCUACUGGAAUCCGAUGGUGGAGUACCUUUAUGGUUACUCUGCUUCGGAAAUGCUUGGUCGGAGUCCCUGUUGGACAGGGCAGUUCCCUGUCAGGAAUAAACAAGGCCGGCGAUUUCAAGUCAUUGCCACCCACACCCCAUUAUAUGAUGAUUAUGGCACUUUGGUUGGGAUUGUUUGUAUAACUUGCGAGUCCCAGCCCUUUCUUGAGAUUACUUCCUUUUCUGCACCUGCAAGAAGUGACCUCACAACAGUCAAUGGCGUUGAAUCGCAGGGGAAACCUUGGGAAGUUUUGACUGCUUCAGAGGUGUUGAAUCUGACGUCAAGCAAGAUUAAAAAAAUCUGGACGAAGAGUAGAACUUGCGAUAAAAUUAUGAAAUGUGAAUUGCAAGGUGGAAACGGCCCGUAUGUUGAUCAUCACAGUUCCAUUGGAAGUGGUUGUUGGUCUGACAAUGGGGAGCGCUCCCUAGAGGAAGUAUCCCAGGGAAAACAGUUUGGAGAUGAGGGUGAAAGUAAAUUUGGGAUCUGCAAGCUAAUAUGUUGUAAGGCGAAGGAGAUAUCAUGGCCAUGGAAAAGAAGAGCGCAAAAUUGA